CUGAGAUUAUUCUGUCAUGUCUGAUAUUUAAGUGUCAUUGUAUAUUUUUUAAUCGUUUUUAUUCAAUAUGUUUUGGAAAUAACCAAAAUAAAUGGUGAAACACCCAUUCUAUUCUUCUAAAUAAGAUCUUAGAAGCCAUUUAGAUUAAGUACAAAAUUAUAAAAUGUUUAUAAGAAUCAGAAAAAAUUUUCUGCGUCAAUCGACCCCUAGUUUUAGCAGUUCUGCUGUAUUGGAACAUUUUUCUUCGUCUGAGUGUACGUGUGAUAAAAAAGAAAAGAAGAAGGUGGAACGAAAACCGAUUAAAAGGGUGUUAGUGGCGAAUCGAGGAGAAGUAGCCAUUAGAGUGUUUAGAGCUUGCAGCGAAUUGGGUAUCCAUUCAGUUGCUAUUUAUUCUAACGCAGAUAGAGAUAAUCUCCAUAGGUUAAAAGCUCAUAAAAGUUUUUUGAUCGGACAUGGACUACCGCCUGUCCAAGCUUAUCUCAAUAUACCGGAAAUUAUAAAAAUCUGUAAAGAUAAUGAGUGCGACGCAGUCCAUCCAGGAUAUGGAUUUCUGUCUGAGAGAUCGGAUUUUGCUAAAGCUGUCAUCGACGCUGGUAUUAGAUUUAUUGGACCGACUCCGGAAGUGGUGUACAAGAUGGGCGACAAAGUGGCUGCUAAAAAGGCCGCUAUCGAAGCAGGUGUGCCAGUCAUUCCAGGCACUGACGGACCGAUCAAUAAUAAGGAGGAUGCCAAGAAAUUUUGCGAGAAGCACGGUUUGCCUGUGAUGCUCAAGGCCGCCCACGGUGGAGGCGGUAGAGGCUUGAGAGUGGUGAGAAAAAUGAAAGACGUCGAACCGAGCUUUCAAACAGCUUCUUCCGAAGCCACUGCCUCUUUCGGAAGCGGCGAUAUGUUUAUCGAGAGAUAUGUCGAAACGCCGAGACAUAUCGAAAUUCAAAUAUUAGGCGAUAAAGCUGGAAACGUGAUCCACCUAUACGAACGCGAUUGUUCGGUUCAACGACGGCAUCAGAAGGUCGUAGAAUUAGCGCCGGCGCCCCACCUGGAUCCGAAAAUCAGAGACAAAAUGACCGAGAUGGCUGUGAAACUGGCCAAGCACGUGGGCUACGAAAGUGCCGGUACGGUGGAAUUUCUGUGUGAGCCCAAUGGUAACUUUUACUUCCUGGAAGUGAACGCCAGAUUACAAGUGGAGCAUACCGUCACCGAAGAAAUCACAGGCGUGGAUUUGGUCAAUAGUCAAAUAAGAAUAGCGGAAGGAAUUACGCUGCCCGAAAUGAACUUGGUACAGAAAAACAUUAAAGCCUAUGGUUACGCCAUCCAAUGUCGCAUAACCACCGAAGAUCCUUCGAAGAAUUUUCAGCCCGAUACAGGACGAAUAGAAUUGUACCGCUCAUCAGGAGGAAUAGGCAUCCGUCUUGACGCCGGGUCCGGUUACGCAGGCGCCAUCAUCUCCCCUCACUACGAUUCUCUAUUAGUCAAAGUUAUAUCCCAUUCCAAAGACUUUCAGACGUCUUGCAGAAAAAUGACUAGAGCGUUAAAGGAGUUUCUCAUAAGAGGCGUCAAAACGAACAUUCCAUUUUUGUUGAACGUUUUGAGCAACAAACAAUUUCUGAAUGAGGCCGUCAACACCAGUUUUAUCAGCAAAAAUCCGCAACUGAUGAAAUUCAGGGCGCCCAAAGGAAGGGCGAGGAAGUUGUUUACCUAUUUGUCGAAAGUAUUAAUAAACGGACCCUUAAUGCCUCUUGGGACCGAUUUAAAGCCGGCUGAGAUUAAUCCGUUUGUUCCUCCUGUACCUACAGACUGUGAUCCGCCAAAAGGAUUCCGCCAAAUAUACAAAGAAGAAGGUCCGGAAGCAUUCGCCAAAGCCGUUCGCAUGCACGAUGGUUUGCUACUUAUGGACACAACAUUUAGGGACGCUCACCAAUCCUUAUUGGCGACCAGAGUACGUACGCGUGAUCUUUUAAAGAUUUCUCCGUUCGUCGCUCACAACUUUAGCCGGUUAUACUCCAUGGAGAAUUGGGGAGGCGCCACCUUCGAUGUAUCUUUAAGAUUUCUGCGCGAAUGCCCUUGGGAAAGAUUGGAACAAAUGCGAGAAUUAAUUCCCAACAUCCCUUUUCAAAUGCUACUAAGAGGAGCCAACGCCGUUGGAUACACCAACUAUCCUGAUAAUGUUGUCUACAAGUUUUGCGAUUUAGCUGUAAAAAGCGGUAUGGAUAUUUUCAGAAUAUUCGACUCGUUGAAUUACCUUCCAAAUCUGAUUGUCGGUAUGGAGGCGGUCGGGAAAGCCGGAGGUAUUAUAGAGGCAGCUAUCUCUUAUACGGGAGAUGUCAGCGAUCCGAAUAAAAAGAAAUAUAACCUAAAUUACUAUCUGAAGAUUGCCCGCGAAUUGGUAAGAAACGGAGCCCAUAUCUUAUCUAUUAAAGAUAUGGCGGGAGUUAUUAAACCCAAAGCUGGAAGAUUAUUGGUAACGGCUCUAAGAGAUAAAUAUCCGGAUAUACCGAUCCAUAUUCAUACACACGACACCAGCGGCGCUGGAGUCGCAGCAAUGAUAACUUGUGCCGAAGCCGGUGCUGACAUAGUGGACGUAGCUGUCGAUUCAAUGUCCGGCCUCACCAGUCAACCUAGUAUGGGCGCUCUUGUAUCCAGUUUAAGUUGUUCUAGUUUGGAUACUGGUUUUGCGUUGGACAAAAUUUCCGAAUACUCGGCCUAUUGGGAACAGACUAGAACUUUGUACGGUCCCUUUGAAUGCACUGCAACGUUGAAGAGCGGCAAUGCUGACGUAUACGUGAACGAAAUCCCAGGAGGCCAAUACACUAAUCUACAGUUCCAAGCUUAUUCGCUGGGUCUUGGCCAUCUUUUCGAAAAAAUAAAGAAAGCCUACAGUCAAGCCAACAUAAUUCUAGGAGACAUAAUCAAAGUGACCCCAUCGUCUAAAGUAGUGGGCGAUCUCGCUCAAUUCAUGGUACAAAAUAAGCUGAGCGCCAAAGACGUUUUAGACAAAGCCGGAGAACUAUCUUUUCCCAAUUCGGUCGUCCAAUAUCUCCAAGGGCACAUCGGCCAACCUUACGGCGGUUUCCCGGAGCCGCUGCGGACCAAAGUCAUCAAAGACAAACCUCGCAUCGAUGACAGGCCCGGUAAGAGCUUGCCGCCGUUGGAUUUCGACAAGAUCGAGGAGGAUCUGAAGAAGCAAUUCCCAGAGGCCGAUAUCACUGAGAAAGAUGUCAUGUCUGCCGCUUUAUACAAUAAAGUUACCAAAGAUUAUUUAACUUUUAGAUCGAAAUUCGGACCCGUAGAGAAACUGGAUACAAGGAUAUUCUUCGUAGGGCCUAAAGUAGGCGAAGAAUUUGAAAUACCGCUAGCUAAAGGUAAAAUUCUGACGUUAAAGUUCAUCGCGACGGCCAAAGAUUUGACUCGAUACGGCACGAGGGAGGUUUUCUUCGAAAUCAACGGAGUACCGAGGUCGCUCUUCGUGAGAGACUUCAAAGCGACCAAAGAAACGCAUUUCCAGCCCAAGGCUGAUAAGGCGAAUCCAAAACAGAUCGGCGCUCCUAUGCCCGGCACCGUGCUCGAUGUAAAAGUCAAAGUGGGCGACAAAGUAAGUAGUGGUACGCCGCUGGUCGUUAUUUCCGCCAUGAAGAUGGAGACGGUGGUGCAAAGCAAUGUAGCCGGUACUGUUAAGAAGAUCGAAGUGACCAAAGGGUCGAAAAUCGAAGCCGAAGAUCUACUUAUAACUCUAGAAUGAACAGAUUAUAUUAUUUUAAAUAAUAAAUACAAUGUGAGUGUUC